UAAGUGCAUCAAUAGCGUUUCUCUGGCAACUGACAAGGAGCCGUAGGCUACAAUCUCAAUCUCUUCCAACCUUUUGAAAUACUUCCUGUCUUACUUUCGUAAAUCGUAAUAUUUAUUGUUGGUAACUAAUAUUGCUAUUUGGUUAUUCGCAAUGUGGCAAAACCCCGCUAGAAACAUUGAAAUUAAAGCGAGAAUCAACGAUGUAAAAGCCAUAGUAAAUAAGGUAGCUCAGUUGUGCAAAACGGAAGCAGAAGUGAUCGACCAAACCGACACGUUUUUUAAAACAGAAAAUGGGCGUCUAAAAUUGAGGGAAUUCAAAAAUGGCACUGGAGAACUUAUAUAUUAUGAGAGACCAGAUACUGAUGGACCAAAAUUAUCUAACUAUUCGAAAUCAAUGGUAACUGAUCCGACCUCAUUAAAAGCUGUUCUACAAAUGGCUCUUGGUACGAAUGGCAUUGUAAAGAAGACACGGAUGUUGUCGCAUUUUAAUCAAACACGAAUUCAUAUAGACGAGGUUGUAGGUUUAGGAAAUUUUUUGGAACUUGAAGUGGUACUACAAGACAGUCAAACACCAGCAGAUGGAAUCACUACAGCCCAACUGCUUCUUGAGAUAUUGGGCAUUCCUGCCUCUGAUCUGUUGUCUGGUUCCUAUUUGGAUUUUCUGAAUCUUUUAUGAAGUUAUAUUUUUUGUUUGUACUCACUAAUAUUCAGAUUCAAUCCAUAUAAGUGAUAAUAAACUGAUUUAGACAGCUCAUAUAAA